AUGGAGGCAGACAAGAACAACACGGUUCUCAGAGAAGGAUUCCUGGUGAAGAGGGGUCAUAUUGUGCCCAACUGGAAGGCUCGCUGGUUUGUGUUGAAACCAGACAAGCUGCUGUAUUAUAAAUACGAAGGAGGCAGGAGAGACUCGUGUCAGCGAGGGAAGAUCCCGCUGAAGGACUGUGUGCUGACUUGUCCUUUUCUGGAAUAUGAAAAUCGUCCGUUGGUGUUGAAGCUCCAGACAGCGAACGGGGCGGCUCACUUUCUGGAGGCCUGUUCCCGAGAGGAGCGAGACGAGUGGGCCGCUGACAUCACGGCUGCCGGCCUCAAGCUGAGCAAGUCUGACGGAGGGAAGGUGACGGAGCAGCAGGAGCCUGCGUCGCCACGGUUACACAACAUAGACCUCAGUAAAGUGCUGGACUCCAUGUACGAUGUUCACAGUGGAAUCAAGAUGAGCAGCCACAUGGAGCAGGGCAGCACCUACAGCAACUGCUUCUCAGGCUCAGCCGUGGUGGACUGGCUGGUGUUCGUCCAGCUGGCCGUGACCCGUGUGGACGCCGUGACGCUGGCCUCGGCCCUGCAGGACGAGGGUUUCCUGCGGCCUGUGGGAAUCAAGAGCGUGGAGGCCCUCCGCACCGCCGGCCUCACCCAGCAGUUCAUGGACGACUCCACUGCGCUGUACGGCUUUUCUGACAGUUUGAAGAAGAGAGGCAGCGUGAAGUCAGAGACGUCGAUGUCUGCAGUCGAGCUGAGUGGGAAAGUGGUAAAGAGAGGAUAUCUGCUCAAACAGGGACACCGAAGGAAGAACUGGAAGGUGCGACUGUUUGUGCUGCGUUCAGAACCAGCGUUCCUUCACUACUAUGACCCCACCAAGGAUGAGCUCAGCCCGGCCGGCGGCUUCUCUCUGCGCAGCUGCCUGGUGUCGUCUCUGAACGAUAACGGAGUUCCCUCAGGUGUGAGCGGAAACAUUCAAGGAAACUUGUUUAAAAUCAUCACUCAGGGCGAAACACAUUACUUCAUCCAGGCUCCGACCAAUCAGGAGAAGAUGGACUGGAUAGACGCCAUCAGGGAGCAGACGUAG